AUGGACUUCAAGGCUGAGCACGAGGAGAUGGACCAUCUCGAAGAGAACGUGGAGCACAAUGCGCGUCUCACCAGGAGAGUUUUGUUCAAGACAGACACGCGAACGAAUGUCGGUAACGCGAAAAUCAUCGGCAUGGAGAAGGAUCUAGGUCUCACCACCCUACAAUACUCCCAGGGCCUGGCCGUCUUCUACGCCACGUACGUCUUCAGCGAGCUACCCAGUAAUCUGGUCCUCAAGAGGGUGUCGCCCAGGAUCUGGCUGCCCACUCUGACAGUGGUCUGGGGAAUCAUCACCAUGUGUCUUGGUUUCGUGAGCAACUUCGCUAGCUUCGCAGCUGUACGAGCGUUAUUGGGUGUCGCAGAAGGUGGUCUACUACCUGGAAUGGUCCUCUAUCUCUCGAGCAUAUACACACGCGGGGAGCUGGCAUUGCGAAUUGGUAUCUUUUACACGGCGGCCUCGCUUUCCGGAGCCUUUGGAGGCUUGCUUGCUCGUGGACUUGCUGCCAUCGGACCACGAGGUGGCUUGGAAGGUUGGCGAUGGAUUCUAAUCAUUGAGGGACUAAUGACCGUCGCUGCUGGAUCAAUCGUGUUCUUCACCCUACCAAACAACCUAACAACCGCACGAUAUUUCACACCGGAGGAGAGGGAAUGGGCCGUGAAGCGUCUGGAACAAGACCGCGGUACAACCAUGGCAUCAGAGCUAGACGAGAAGUUCAGCUGGGGUGAAGUGCGCCGCGGAGUCUUCAAUGCCCAAGUUUGGCUUACAUCUACUGCCUACUUCGCAAUUCUCGCUGGCCUUUACUCAUUCGGUCUCUUCCUUCCGACCAUCGUCAACGACCUUCAUAUUGCGUCCAGCGCCAACCAGGCUCAGCUGUGGAGCGUAAUUCCAUAUGCUGUUGCUACCCCAGUCACAGUUCUCGUCGCGUUCAUAUCCGAUCGAACAAAAGUCCGCGGUCUCAUCAUCCUUGUCGUUUUGCCAAUUGCCAUUGUUGGCUACGCCGUUAUUGCCAGCGUACAGGCAGCCAACACUCGGUUCGCGAUGACGUGCUUGAUGGCUCUGGGCAUGUACGCUUCUGUCCCAUGUAUCUUGGUCUGGAACUCGAACAACUCGGCCGGCCACUACAAGAGAGCUACAACUUCUGCCUUGCAGCUGGCUGUCGCGAACUGCGGUGGCUUUGUUGCCAGUAAGACUCCCCUUGUUUUGCUCAACGUACUUUGGUGUGCAAAGACCAACCGGGACAAGAAGAACGGAAAGUACAACCAAUAUACUGGUUAUGGAGAUGAUCGAGACCCAGAGUUCAAAAUGGUCCUGUAA